UUUAAAUAGACCCCUCUCUAUCUCUCUCUCUCUAUCUCUCUAUCUCUCUCUCUGGGGCUCGCUUGCCCGCUGUCUCUCUCGCUCUGCGGUUCCUCUCCUCCAUAGCAAUCAAAGCUUCUAACCCCGAAGAUCGAGUGCUCCAUGGUUUGUACUGUUCCAAAGGCCUGAGAUGAACCCUAGACAGUGACUGCUCUGCCCGAUCUUUAGCCGUAGAAAGCGAUAAGAGAGGUCUUCUUUGCUCUGGUACAACCCACACACCCAAGCCAUGUCGUCCUCGGACAAGGAGUUCGAGGAGCAGCUUAUUGACGCCGGCAACAAGCUCUUGGACGCCCCCUCCACUGUAGAAGUCCUUCUCCCCCUUCUCGACAAAGCUGAAUAUAAUCUUUCAAGAGUGGAACAAUCGCCAAAUAAAUCGAUUGAAGAUGCUCUUUCGCCAUGUUCGAAGGCGUUGGUUACUGAUAAACUUUUCAGGCACGCAGACACUGAUGUUAUGGUUGCAGUUGCAUCGUGCAUCAGUGAGAUAACUAGAAUUACUGCCCCUGAGGCUCCUUUUACUGAUGAGCAGAUGAAGGAAGCUUUUCAGUUGAUUGUAUCAUCUUUUGAGCAUUUGGAUGAUAAGUCUAGCCGAUCAUUUACUAAAAGGACCUCAAUUCUUGAAACUGUGGCUAAAGUAAGGUCAUGCGUUGUGAUGCUUGAUCUCGAAUGUGAUGCACUCAUCCUUCAGAUGUUUCAGCAUUUCUUAAAGGCAAUCAGGGACUAUCACCCUGAGCAAGUCUUCACGUCUAUGGAGACAAUAAUGACCCUUGUCAUAGAAGAAAGUGAAGAUAUAUCCCCUGAGUUGCUUUCCCCAAUUUUGCAUACUUUAAAAAAGGACCAAGAGGGAGUUCUGCCUAUAGCUAAAAAACUUGGGGAAAAAGUGUUCGAAAGCUGCUCCGCUAAGCUGAAAGCUUACCUUGGUCAAGCAUUGAUAUCCUUGGGCACUAGCGUGGACGAUUACAGUGAAGUUGUCAAUAUGAUCUGUCAAAAUGGUGGUGUUGAGAACAACAAGACUGAUGUAACACCUGCUGGAGAGCAAGAGGUGGAGACUGAAGUGGCUUCUCCAAAAUCAGAAGUGAGCAAUGGUUUGAAGCAGGCAGCUGAAGAUGAGGCUAUGGCAGAUACGGUUUCCGUGAAGCAACCAGAAGUUGUUCCUCAGAGAACUCGAUUGAAAAUCACUGGCCUGUUUAGCAAGGACAAAUCUGGCAAGUCAGAUACUGAAAAGGAAACUAAGAUACUUGUUAAAUCUAAAAAGACUAGCAAGAAACGAGGAAGGAAAUGGAGUUCAGCGAAGAAAUCAACUAAACCUGUCGAUAGUACUCCUAUUGAUGGCGAGAAACAACCGGGGAAAUCUCUGGACAAUGGUGAAGAUCCUAGCAGCAAUUGCCCUAGAUCACCACGAGAGAACCAGUCUGCUGAGGCAGACCUGCGUUCAGGUGGGGGGAAGGAGGCUGAUGUUGCUCAUUCGCCAAAAGAAACAGCUAUUGAUUCUGUAGAUGUUUCUUCUCCAUUAAAAAGUGAAGAGCCAAAGAAGAACGAGGAACCAUCAAAAGAACCAAAGGGACCAAUUGACUCAGAAGUGAAAGAAAAUUCCGAACUUGGUAAAAAGUCUGGGGGUGGAGCUUCAAAUGAGGAUAGAACUCCGAUUAAAGUGAAGAUCUCCAGGAAGGGAAGUGAGACUACUAAUAAUGCAAAAAAAAAUUCAGUGAAGCCCUCUAGUGAGAAGGUAAAUGCAAGCAUUCCUGAGGAGGAUGGAUCCUAUCUAAAGUCACUCAAAGGUAAAAAUAAGGAGGGGCCAGCAAAGGGAAGAAAGGCUCAGCAGAAGGAUAUGGCGAUGUCCUCCUCUGAGAAAGUUGCUGAUGAAGAAGCCGUUCCUUCAUCAAAGUCAACCAAAAAACGCCGCAGGGAUGAAGAUCAGCCUGUUGAGGCCUCCAAGGAAAAGGGCAAAAGGAAACGCACUCCGGCAAAAGAGCAGGCAUCUGAUGCCAAAGAGUAUGGCGAGGAACUUGUUGGCACAAAGGUGAAAGUGUGGUGGCCACAGGAUAAGAGAUUCUAUGAAGGCGUCGUGAAUUCUUUUGACUCUAAGAAAAAGAGACAUAAGAUUCUAUAUACCGAUGGGGAUGUAGAGACAUUGAAUCUGAGAACGCAAAGGUGGGGGAUUAUUCAAGAUUACUCUGUUCCAAAUGAGGAGAAGAAGGUCUCAGAAGAAACUCGGGAGUCCUCUCCGGAAAUGCCUUUGAAGAAGUUGCUAGAAAUGAGAUCCAACAAAAAACUUUCAGCCAAAAAGGGUAAAGGCACCUUGUCGAAGAAGUCCGAGGUUGUUCCUGCAACUCCAGAUCAUAAACCUCGGGCAGAUAGCAAAAAUGAUGAAAACUUGGAGGGAGACAGCAGUUCGAAAGCUAAGGACAAUAAUACCCCUAACAUAGGCAGCAAGUUGGUUGGAUUAGCUCGACGAAUGACCAGCAAAUCCAAGGGUAGCAGUGACAAUGAGAAAGAAGAUACUGAGACCAAGAAGGUGAAAUCGAAGGACCUGGAAACCACCGGAAAGGGUAGAACCCCGAGAAGUGUGGGCAAGCCCAGAGUCAAAUCUGGUGGUUCUGAUAAAGUGAAGUCUAGCACUUCGAAGGCGAGACCAAAAGAGAGCAAGGAUGCGGUUACAGACUCAGAAGGAGAGACAUCUGAUAAGUGGAAGUCCAGUUCAUCGAAGCCAAAAUCAAAAGAGAUGGAGGUGGAUAAAGAUUCUGUGGAUGAGCCAUCUAAUAAGGUGAAGUUUAGUUCAUUGAAGCUGAAAGCAAAAGAGACCAAGGAGGUGGGUAGUGAUUCUGGAGAAGAGCCAUCUGCUAAUGUGAAGUCUAGUUUAUCGAAGGUGAAGGAGAAGCCAAAGCCGAAAGAGAGCAAGAGGGCAGACAUGGAAUAUGGGGAAAAACCAUCUGAUAAGGUGAAGGCUACGUCCUUGAAGGUGAAGCAGAAGCCAAAGCUGAAAGAGAGCGAGAAUGUGCACAUGGACUCGGGAGAAGAACCAUCUGAUAAAGUGAAGUCCACCUCCUCAAAGCUGAAGGAGAAGCCAAAGCCGAAGGAGAGCAAGGAUCUUGACGUUGGCUCAGGAGAAGAACCAUCUGAUAAGCUGAAGUCGUCUUCAUUGAAGCAGAAGCAGAAGCAGAAGUCGAAGCCAAAGCAGAAAGAGAGGGAGGAGGUGGAUGAGGCUUCAGAGGAAGAGACUUCUGACAAGAUGAAGACUAAUUCAUCUAAGCCGAAGGCAAAGCCAAAGCCUAAGAAGAAUGAGGAGGUAGAACCAGAUUCAGGAGAAGAGCUUUCUGACAAGCUGAAGACUAAUUCAUCAAAGCCAAAGCCCAAGGAGAAUGAGGAGUUGGAACCAGAUUCAGGAGAAGAGCCCUGUGACAAGGCGAGGACUAAUUCAUCGGAGCCAAAGCCCAAGGGGAAUGAGGAGGUGGAACCAGAUUCUGGAGAAGAGACUUCUGACAGCGUGAAGACUAAUUCAUCAAAGCCAAAGCCUAAGGCUAAGGAGAAUGAGGAGGUGGAACAGGAUUCGGGAGAAGAAACUGAGGAAGGGAUUACAUCUAAGAAAGAGAAGCCACUGGCGCGGACUGUGAAGCCACCAGCAAGUGGGAGUAGGACUGGCAAGAAGCGCCGAAGAGGAGCUUAGUCCUGCUGAGCUCUCGACAAUGUUGCUGAUCGCAUGCUGUUAUAUUUUGAUUUAUGGUGGGUUGCUGUGCCAAAACUGUAAUUUCCGAACCUGCCCGGAAUUGUCUUGUUAAAUUUUAGGUCUUAACUUAGUGUAAGUUGCUGUAUGGCUAAACUCAAGUCUUCCUUGAUGUUCUUGCUGUUGAUACAGAGUAAUUUGUAGAAAUCCAAAGAAUUAGCUCAUUGAAUAGCUUAUCUUGAAGAGUUAAGAAUUGGAUUUCGGGAUUUGGAAAA